GUGGCGGCAGCCGGGCUUGGCGCUGAGUGUCCGACGCAGCACCUCAGUGAUGUCGAUACCUACGCGAGCUUCCGUCGAGCUGUCCACUGUCAACCCGCCACAUCACCCACCGUACGCGCCGCAGCCCACCUACACCCCCCUCGCACACUCACCCACACACACCCAGCAUGGCUGUCGCAGACACGGGCAAGCGGAUAGAGGAGGCGCAGACGCUGGCGAAGACCGAGCCCGCAAAGGCCGAGCAGAUCUACCAGGACGUGCUCUCGCAGGACCCGGGCAGCAACGAGGCCGCCAUCAAGCACUACGAGACGGCACUGGUAUCGCUGGGCGAGCUGUACCGCGACCAAAAGAAGGCAGAUGCCCUGGCCGAGCUGGUCAGGCAGGCGCGCUCGGUGCUGUCGUCGUUUGCCAAGGCAAAGACAUCGAAGCUGGUCCGCCAGCUGCUCGACCUUUUUACCGCCAUCCCCAACACCACCGACACUCAGAUCUCCGUCACAAAGUCAUGCAUAGAGUGGGCCGUGUCGGAGCGGAGAGGCUUCCUGCGCCAGAACCUCGAGACCCGCCUCGUCUCGCUGUACAUGGCCAAGCAGUCGUACUACGAGGCCCUGUCGCUCAUCAACAGCCUGCUGAAGGAGCUGAAGCGCCUGGACGACAAGCUGGUGCUGGUUGAGGUACAGCUGCUCGAGUCGCGAGUCUACCACGCUCUCGGCAACAUCCCCAAGGGCCGCGCCGCCCUCACAUCCGCACGAACCUCGGCCGCUUCCGUAUACACCCCGCCGCUGCUGCAGGCUGGUCUGGACAUGCAGAGCGGCAUGCUGCACGCCGAGGAUGGCGAUUUCAACACAUCCUUCUCGUACUUCAUCGAGGCCAUGGAAGGCUAUCACUCGCAGGACGAAGAGCAAAAGGCCACAUCAGCGCUGCAGUACAUGCUGCUCUGCAAGAUCAUGCUCAACCUCGGCGACGACGUCACUACGCUCAUGACCUCCAAGCACGCCGUCAAAUACGCCGGCAAGCGCCUCGACGCCAUGAAAGCUGUUGCGCGCGCCCACACAAACCGCAGCCUGGAAGAGUAUGAAAGCGCCCUCACCCAGUACCGCCAGGAGCUCGGCAGCGACCGCUUCAUCACCAGCCACCUGCGCCGCCUGUACGACAACAUGCUCGAGCAGAACCUGAUCAAGGUCAUCGAGCCCUACAGCCGCGUCGAAAUCGACCACGUCGCCAAGACUGUCGGCCUCGACACUGUCCAGGUUGAGCGCAAGCUGUCGCAGAUGAUCCUCGACAAGGUCAUCAUCGGCGUGCUGGACCAGGGCGCCGGCUGCUUGAUCGUGUACGACGAGUCUGAGCGCGACAAGGGGUACGAUGCUGCGCUGAGCACGAUCGAGAAGCUGAACAGCGUGGUCGAGGUGCUGUAUACCAACCAGGCGUCAAUGCUAGAGUAGAAAGGAAAAGGGGGGCUGUGUAUUAUAGCCACAUAGACGGCUGCCGUGCAGCUAAUGUAAUGAGCAUCAUGACACACCUGCGGCUUGAUUGCGUGAUCUGGACCUCUUGGUUUAUGCAGGCUGCACAAUAUGGUAUUGACACCACAGCGCUGACAGAGCACGCGACGGAACGACAUGACAUGCGAUGUAGUGGAAUGUUAAUCAAUUCAUGUGUUCAACCAGUCA